AUGAGUGACCCGCGGGAGCCCUCUUACUCCAUCGUGCCGAGAAUUCGGUACAACACCGUCGGCGGUGUCAACGGACCCCUCGUCAUCCUCGAGAAUGUCAAAUUCCCCAGAUACAACGAGAUUGUCUCCCUGACCCUGCCCGAUGGAACCAACAGACAGGGUCAGGUUCUCGAGGCUCGAGGUGACCGAGCCGUCGUCCAGGUCUUUGAGGGAACAUCAGGCAUCGAUGUUAAGAAGACGAAAGUCGAGUUCACCGGCCAGAGCUUGAAGCUUGGUGUGUCGGAGGACAUGCUGGGUCGUAUCUUUGACGGUUCCGGACGAGCUAUCGACAAGGGCCCCAAGGUCCUUGCUGAGGACUACCUCGACAUCAACGGCAGUCCCAUUAACCCCUUCUCCCGUGAAUACCCCGAGGAGAUGAUUUCGACCGGUAUCUCUGCCAUCGACACCAUGAACUCCAUCGCCCGUGGACAAAAGAUUCCUAUUUUCUCUUCGUCUGGUCUGCCGCACAACGAAAUUGCCGCCCAGAUUUGCAGACAGGCCAGUUUGGUCCAGAAGCAGGGUGUCACCAACAAGGGUGUCCACGACGGCCACGAGGAGAACUUCUCCAUUGUCUUCGGUGCCAUGGGUGUCAACUUGGAAACCGCCAGAUUCUUCACCCGCGAUUUCGAGGAGAACGGCUCUUUGGAGCGUGUCACCCUUUUCCUUAACCUUGCCAACGAUCCUACUAUCGAGCGUAUCAUCACUCCUCGUCUCGCGCUUACGACCGCCGAAUACUACGCCUACCAGCUCGAGAAGCACGUUCUCGUUAUUCUUACUGAUUUGUCCGCUUACUGCGACGCUCUUCGUGAGGUCUCAGCCGCCCGUGAAGAAGUCCCGGGUCGUCGUGGUUACCCCGGUUACAUGUACACGGAUUUGUCCACCAUUUACGAGCGCGCCGGUCGUGUGGCGGGUCGCAACGGUUCCAUCACCCAGGUUCCCAUUUUGACCAUGCCCAACGAGGAUAUUACUCACCCCAUUCCCGACUUGACGGGUUACAUUACGGAGGGUCAGAUCUUCGUCGACAGAGGCCUUUACAACCGUGGUAUUUACCCGCCCAUCAACGUUCUGCCGUCUCUGUCUCGUCUCAUGAAGUCUGCCAUUGGUGAGGGCAUGACCCGCAAGGACCACGGCGAUGUUUCCAACCAGCUCUACGCCAAGUACGCCAUCGGUCGUGACGCCGCUGCCAUGAAGGCUGUCGUCGGUGAGGAGGCUCUGUCAGCUGAGGACAAGCUUUCUCUGGAGUUCCUCGAGAAGUUUGAGCGCCAGUUCAUCAACCAGGGCCAGUACGAGGCUCGCACCAUUUACGAGUCUCUCGACCUGGCAUGGAGCUUGCUUCGUCUCUACCCCAAGGACCUGCUCAACCGUAUUCCCGGCAAGGUUCUCAACGAGUUCUACCAGCGUGCGGCCAAGGAGGCCAAGGACAAGGGCAAACAGAGACAGCAGGUGCAGCAAAACGAGGAGAACCUGAUUGACGCAUAA